UUCUACCGCGCGCCUCCAGGCUUUUUUUUUUCUCACACUCGAGGAGAAAAAAAAUCGUCAGUCAGUACUUUCGGAGGAAAAAUUUGAAUCUAGUGGAUACCAGUUUUGAGUUGACACUUGAGUUCACUCAAUUAUUGUUAUUAUGGACUCCAAUGGUUAUUUCGCAUGAGUUUAUUUUUUUGUGGAUUUGAUAGUGAGAUGAUUUCAAAAGUGUAAUGGCGGGAAUGUGUGGAGGGAUUAAUCGCCGUUUCGUCAUUUGUGUGCAGAGGAAUACAUUGAAACGUCGCCGGACCCGGUUUCGCAUUUAAAAUUUUUUCAAUUAUCGCUGUUCACUGAAUUUAAUCGCGAGUUCAUCGCGGACUUUAGGUGAUUUUCUGGGGGAAAUAACACCGCCAGGACUUUUAGCCGGGCAAUUUUUUGUGAUUUAUCUGUGGAUUUAUUGUACUUUUAUUGUUUACUGCUUCGGUUGAGUGAGUGGGAUCAGAGUUUAAUGGCACCUGACUUUGAUAAGAAGAGAGAGGCAAGGAGGCUUGGACACUUGGGACACAUCGGUGCCGAUGUCGACAAAGGGAUGCUCUUAAUGAGAUGCCCGAUUAAUCCAUUGACGGAUUACUAUCGUCAUGGUAAUACAGGUGGUGGAAGUGCCGCAAAUUCAGCUCAAAGAGCUUCUUUAGCAGCCGCUAAUUCUCGUCAAACGACGCCAAGAAGAUUCCCCCAGCCCAGACCGCCGCAGCAACCGCAGCCACCAAUAAUCCAACAGCAGUCGACAAUUCCACAGACGAAUCAACGACAGCACACAUCACCAGCGCGUAUACCACUGGCAUCAAUAGCUGGUGUUACGGUUAGGAACUCGGACGAUCACGGGCCAAAUUCAACACAGGAAGUUUGCGACAAUUCUAAUGACUCUGGUCUUGGAUUCGAGGAUAGGCAGCAGCACAUCACAAAUCCCUCGGCCUGGAACAACGGUGCGGCUGGUGAGGAGGACACUAAGCGACGUAGAAUGGAUAUUAAACUCGAGUCUGAGGAUGCCAAUUUUGCAUUUCCCGAGAGGACUGGUGAAAAUCAUGGGAAAAUCACCAGAAACAACAGUGCUAAUGGCAUUGGUGCACCGAUAAGUGCUACGAGAACGAGUAAUGGCGCUAUGGGACGUGUUGGGGGAGUCAUGAGGGCACGUUCAGCACUGGGAACCUACGGGAAGCGGCCGCCACCGGCCCAUCAAGGUCCCGUCACCCUUAACUCUCAACUCUGUAGUGUAUCUCGAGACGGAAAGGUGCAGCUCCAGAUAAUUUGCCAGCCGGAGCAGCAGCACAGAGCGCGGUACCAAACAGAAGGAUCCCGGGGGGCUGUGAAGGACAGAACUGGGAAUGGAUUUCCCAUAGUUCGUCUGGUUGGCUACGACAAGCCAGCCACUCUCCAGGUGUUCAUUGGCACUGAUCUGGGGCGUGUCGCACCCCACAUGUUCUAUCAGGCCUGCAGGGUCAGUGGAAAGAACUCCACCCCCUGCGUAGAACGCAAAAUCGAUGGAACUAUUGUCAUCGAGGUGGACAUGGAUCCUGCCAAGGACAUGCUGGUGACCUGCGACUGCGUGGGAAUUUUGAAGGAACGUAAUGUCGAUGUGGAGCACAGAUUUCCUCAGGAAGCUGGAAUGCUUCAGGGCAGGAGCAAGAAGAAGUCUACGAAGUGUCGAAUGGUUUUUCGCACGACAAUAACACAUGCUGAUGGCAGCAGUGAAACUCUUCAAGUCUGCUCACAGCCCAUUGUUUGCACUCAACCCCCAGGAAUUCCCGAGAUCUCGAAAAAGUCUCUGACCGCCUGUCCCUGCACCGGAGGUCUCGAGCUCUUCAUCCUGGGGAAAAACUUCCUCAAGGACACUCGAAUGGUCUUCCAACUGGACAACGAGGACCUCACCUCGUCCCUGGAGCCCCACUGGGAGUGUUCGGUGACCCCGGACAAAGAAUUCCUCCAGCAAACGCACUUGGUCUGCGUGGUGCCCCCCUACAGAAGGCAGGAUCUCGCACCAUCUGAAAAAGUCUGCGUGAAGCUGUACGCCGUCUCCUCAGGGAAGACGAGUGAGCCCCACACCUUCUUCUACACCUCGAUCUCCUCCCCCCCGGAGCCCUCGAUCGGUAAGAUCGAGGCGUCUUCGACGACCCUGGUCUCCCCGAGUGAAUCCACCUCUCCCUCAGUGCCAAUUCCCCCAAUAGCUCCAAGCACAGCGAUUUCCCCAGUCUCUGGGAUUCCCUCGACCUUCCUCACCCCCCAGAUCAGCAAUCAACAGCAGUCGCCUCUUCAACAGUCCCAGGACGUCCUCAAGAGCGACCCAAGCCCUCCACCAUCAGGAGCAACUCCCAUUAUGAUGUGGGCAGCCCAGGCCAACAGUUGCACCUCCAACGACGUCAUGAUGCCACCCCCAAACCUCGUCUCCAAUCCCUUAAUGUCCAGAAGAUCCUCCUCCAAUCAUCAGCUGAUCCUCCCUGACAAUUUGAAGUCAGAGAUUCUUGACGACACAUCGGAGAACAGCAUGCUGUCUGACAACAGCCUCCAGGGGAACAACACACCACCUUCCAAUGGCACCAGCACGAGUCCCCUCCAUGCACUCGUCUCAGAGAACUCCAGGGAAGCCUCCCAACCAGGCCUGCUGCAUCCAGCCCAGGAGGUGGGGCUUCUGGGGGUCGAUCUCAUUCAUCAUCAGCACUCGAUGAGCCUCGCUGGGGGUUCCUUCCCCAUUCACGAGGCCUCGCAAGUCAAAGUCCUCAGUCCUCAUCAUAUUAAUAAAGAGGCCUCGCCGAUCUUGCCGCAGGAGGCGGCCACCCAGGGGACCAGUGUCGUCGACCUCAGGAUGAAGCAGCAUGAGUACGAUACCCUGAACACGUUCACAUCGACACCAGCUGACCAGGCCCUGCCGAACCAAUCCAGCCAGUGUAUUGCUAAGUAUCUGAAUCAAAUCGAAACUUCGGUUACUCAGAGCAAGGAGCCAGAGGCGACGGAACCUGAGAUGGGCACCAUGACGCAGCUGUGCACCGAGCCGACCUUCGCGGAAACAAUGCAGCAGCGUGCAACGAUAAUUGCCAAUGCUCGUCAGCAGUCUGAAGCAGCAACGAUCCUAGCCAAUCAAACAGCCAAGCUGGACGAGCUCGUCAAUUCCGUGGUAGACUCCCACCAGACCCCGAUGCAAACGACCCCCAGUCCACCAACGACUCUGAUCCCCGAAGUGGAGGCCACCCGCACAAGCCCCCCAAUUCCGGUGAAGACGAUGCUGCUGGAGGCCCUGAUGCCGACGCCGAUGGUGACCUCGUCAGUUGCCCCAGUGACGCCUGCCCCUGAGCCCAGCCCCGAAGAAACCCUGCUGACGACCAUCAACGCCCUCCACCCAUCCAUGGAGACACCAAUAGUGACAGCAGCUGGAAUGUCAAAUGCCACAGUGGCAAUAGCCUCUCACAAUCCCCUCCAAGUCACCAGUGAGCCCCUCCCCCAGAUUCAGACCCUGACACCCCAGGAAGUAGUUGUCCAGCAACAGGUCGAGCAGGUUUUUGCCGAGGCCCAGAAGCAGGUGGAGGAAGUGGUAGCCCAGGUCCAGCAGCAGGCAGCUAAUACUGUUCACGAAGCACAGAAUCAGGUGGUUCGACAGGUGGUUGAGUGCACUCAGGUGGUGCGCGAGGCCAUGAAGCAGGUGCACGCUGCCAGGCAUGUUCAGGCUGUUCCCCAUGUUGAGGAGGUGGUGAAGCAGCAAACAGCCUCGGUGGUGAAACGAGCGGUCAAGGAGACCACUGAGGGGGUCGUCAAGCAGGUGCAGGUCGUGCAGAAGGCCAUUGGACAUGCACAGGCAGCGCAGGUGAUGAAGCAAGCUGUGCAGAAUGACAUUGGGUCCAUGCUGAAUCAGCCGGCUGGAUUCGUUGCUGAGGCCAGCUCGGCGCUGGCUAGUGGAGCUGCACAGGAGCCCAAUCAACAGAGACUGACUAAUGCCGCUGAGCAGGCCAUUAGUAAUGUUAUUACUAAUGCUACACAGGACAUUAUCAAUAACCGACCAAUAACAACAACAACUGCCCACGCAAUUAUCGCAACGAAAAAUAUCAUGAACUCUGUGGCAACCCAGAGUGCACAGCUGAUGAAUAGCGCCAUGGAGGGCAUUCUGCCUCAGUCACCCUCCAAUGCGCCAGCUAUGGUGGAACAAGUCGCCAGGAAAUCACCAGAAGCCAUCCCAGUCCCUCCUACAAUGCAGAAUGGAGAGACACCAAUGCAGGUGCAGGUGACAGCCACCAAUGGACAGGUGGCUGGAGUCGUUAAGAAGCCUGAAGAUGCUGGGGGAAUGCUGCCUCAGGAGCUCACCUCCAUGUCUGAGCACGAUCUCCUCAGCUACAUCAAUCCCAGUUGCUUCGAUCAGGGAACAUUUCUCAUGUAGAUAAAGUGUAAUUAUUUUGUUUUCUGAAUGAGAUUCGAUGGGUGAGGGACACUUGGGGGCCAUCACCCCUGGUCCAAUGCAAUCGAAAUUUGUUAGUUUGUAAUUGAUUGUAUUAAUUUUACGUGAAUAUGAGACAUUUUGGGGGGUAAAUCAAAAUUUUCAUUCAGGGAGUCGAUUAUUGAUUAAUGUCGCCCGCUUUGUGGAAAUGCUUUAUCUUUAAGUCGAGACGGGCGCGAGUUGAUGAAAAUAGCGCGACAAAUUCUUAUCACGUUUUUUAAUCGUGUGAGUGAUGAUCAUUUGAGGGGAUUGGAGAGUUUAUCAGCGUGCCAGGUGCCUUUGGAGGUGGGACAAUGUUCCUUGAAAUUAAUUUUUUUUUUUUAAGUUGUUGAAUUUUUUUAGAACACUUUUUCCAGAGAACAAAUUCACAAACUCACGACUGGAUAUUCAAGAAUUUUUAAAAAUUGAGAACAAUCUUUUGCGAUUGGUGGGGAAAUUCUAAUGCAAAGUUUUGGGGAAAAGUAUUUCCCAGGGACAUGGGGGAUGGAGUUACUGUGUCAUAAUGAUGAGAAUUAAUAACUGAGUGGUUAAUUAUUAUGCUAACAAGUACCUUAAGAUUCUAUGAAUUAUUGGUAUAACUAUUGACUUGAUUUCAUCACUAAAAUCUUGAAUGAAUCAUUAUUAUGUGUUUGACAUUGUUUUUAAGAUGAAUUCGGUGAUUAAGUGGAAUAGAAAGAUGAAGUUACUGGAUAUUGUUGGGGAUGAUAAUGAUUUUUGUCAUGAUUUCUCAUUCAAGAAUACCCAGGCAUCUUGCUAUUCCACUCAAACACUGAAUUAUGUUUUUUCUUAUUUGUUUAUUAUUAUUUUUAAUUUGUUGUUAAUUAAUACUGAUUAUAAAGAAAUAUCAUUGUGAUUUAUGUUGAUGUUUUUUCAACGCCUAGUAACGAAAAAUUGGAAAACGAUAAAUGCAACACAGAGAUUAUAUUGUAUGUCAAUACAAAUACGUUGAAUGAUGGGAGAAGAAAUAUAUAUUCAUCAGUUGAAUUGAUUAAGAAUCAUUGGAAUUAUCGUCUAUACAUUUUUUUUACGUUUUAUCCAAAGAGAGGAGGUGGUAAAUUCGCACGUCUAUGUAAUUCAUGAGAGCUUACUACUGUUAUUCAAUUUCGACAUUCGGAAGAAUGAAGUGAUUCAUACAUUGGGAGGUUCAAUGCAAAAUAAUAAAAUGGAAAAUGAUAAAAAUUCAGGAAUUAUUGAGUCAAGGGGGUUGUACACCCCAUGAAAAAUUUGGUGUACGUGUGCUGAGGGGGGAAAUGAAAUUGUCGUUUGAGGGGAAAAACUAUAUUUCUAUAAAAUAUUUUUUGUAUCUGUUAUGAACGUCUAAUAAUCAUUGUAUGCAAUAGAGGAAAAUUUUUAAGGGAGCCUGAUGAUUUGAGGGCGAAAAACAUAAUCAAAUUCUAUUUGUAUGCGGUAAAUAAAGUCGUCGUUGGGUGGGAUGAGGGGAUGAGAUGACAAUUUCUAACUUUUGACGAUUGACAAAAAUUAUCAAAAAUGGAAAGCUAAAUUGUGGAGUUAUUAUUUUUCAAUUGACUGAUGUCUGAUGUGUGAUAUUUAUUGAAUGUUUAUUUCCUCAUUCCACUCGACACUCGUAAUGAUAUUGUGUAUAAAUAUCCGUGCCUGCAAAUUUAUGAAAAUUGCCUAAAUUAAUUCGUGAAUAUGUAAUGCAUAAGAUUUGAUGAUUAACAACGUCAUUGGAAACUGCUAUUUGUGUAAUGCUCUGCGCACAUCAUUGAGUAAUUAAGGAAUGGAGGAAUGCCUUGAAAUAUUGUCUCUUUCGUUAUUAAUGAGGAGUUGGAGUAAAUGAGGAGCAUGUAUCAGGAGUUUAUUCGUAAUGACUUGAAUAAAUGUUUCACAGCCAG